CGCCUUUUUUUUGCAGGACAAGACUAGGACCCUUUUCGACCGUAGGUGCAGGCUGUUCUGCCGCUUGAAUCUGUGCGACGCUCAGCAGUCCUCGCGGUGACCUGCUUGCCAGAUUUAAAGGGGAGAGAGUUGCACCCAGCCCACAAGCGGCAGCAUCGAAGCACAAGGGGACCCGUCUGCGGACAAAAGAGAUCCGGAAAAAGACUCAGAUGACGACGGCGACGAUGGCGCCAGGCCAGCACUCCGAUGACGGCCCUUCGUCCUCUUAUGCGAGCCGUCCAGCGCAGAGCGCUCGCUCGUCGUCUGUUCAGAGCUCUUCAAGGUCCAGGCAGCGCUCCCACUCGACAAGAGGAUUCUCUGCAGACGAUGAGGAGUUCGACGACGACGAGGGCGCCUACGACGGAGACGAUGGCGAUGGAGAUGAAGACGAUGAGGAGGGAGACGAGGCAGCGGGUGCAGGUGAAGAUUUGAUGAGCGAGACGACCGUCAAAAGCGGCUAUCUGAUGAAGAGGGGCGAGAAGAGAAAGAAUUGGAAGAAGAGGUGGUUCGCACUUCGCUCAUCAAAGCUUUGCUACUACAAGAACGAAAAGGAAUACCAACUACUGCGCUUCAUCGACAUGGUCGAUGUCCAUACCAUCGCACCCAUCACGCUCACCAAGCGCAGUGACAGCUGCUUUGGCAUCGUCACGUCCAAGAGGCAGUACUAUGUGCGCGCCGCAAAUGCAAAGGAGAUGCAGUCUUGGGUCGAUGCGUUGCGAGAGGUUCGGGAGCAGGUCAGGCAGCGGAGCACCCUUACGCAGGAUAUGGCCGCCAUGAACGUUGGCUCGCCUAAAUCUUCGACGAGUCCUAAAUUGCAGCCUGCCGAUCGACAGGCCAACCAGUCGUUGCCGUCCACAGCAUCGGGUGCGAACAGCGCUUCUCCCAUCAACAUUGUUAUUCCCGGAAAGGGCGUUUAUUCGUCACCUGCUCAGCCACGGACCGCCACCUCGCCGUCUGGCAACCACCCUGUCAUCGUCAGCCCACUCACCGCCACGUCCGACAGCGACACUGGCGGUCCGUGGAACGGAGGAGCGGAGCAAUUCGGUCUCAGCUACGCCAGCUCUACCGGCCAGAGUAUGGCCAGCAGCCCGAGCCGCGGUGGCAGUGGCCUGCACAUUCAUGGUCAGCAUCAGCCCCUGCGUGCCGGUGGCGAUGCUGUCAGCAGCGGAGGGCACAGCCCACAGAGCCACUCGGGCGGCGAAUGGAGCGAAAGCGCGAUUCGCCGAAGCCGUCAAUCCUCGAAGAACAGGCCGACAGACAACAGAGACCCCUCGGUGGGCAGCAGCGGUGGCGAAGGCACAACGACGGGCUGGACUGCCGCCGUGGGCUCCCCCCCGCAGGGCGGGCAGAACCUUGUUGUCUCGAGCAGCGAAGAGGACGAUGAAGGAGAGGACUGGGACGAGGGCGAGACAGCGGACCGAGCCAUGCCAUUGCCCUCGUCGAGUGCGGUUCAUCAGCAGCAGGCACACCACUCUGCGCAGCAGCAGUCAGCUCAGCAGCAGCAGCCUGCACAGCAGCAGCAGCAGCUACAGCAACAGUCGCAGGAGCAGACGUCCAGGCCGCCGAUAAGCGCAAUCUUCCUCAAGGAUCCCAACAAGGUCAUCCACCAAGGCUAUCUCAUGAAGCAGAGCAACCGGCGAAAGCACUGGAGGAAGCGCUGGUUUAUCCUUACGGGCAACCAGCUCACCUACACGCGAAGCCACAUGGACGGCAAGCCCCAUCGUCAGAUUCCCCUCAGCUCCAUCCUCGAUGCAAUCGAGUACACAUCCUCGAAGAAGCAGCCUGCUAAUGGAGGUGCAGGUGCAGGGUUAGGAGCAGGAGCAGGAGCAGGGGCGGGGUUAGGUGUGGGACCAGGCCCAGGGGUGGGUGGAACAGGAGUAGGGAGUAUUCCGGCUCCAUCUAGCCCGACGGGGCUUCAAUCGCCUCCUGCAGCGGGCAGCUUGUCCUUCAGCCUUGGGUCCCAAGCCUCUGAGUCAGACGCCGGAAGGGCGGGUGGGAGCGGCUUUACGGGCUCGUCUGCCAACACGGAGUCGACAAGCGCCUCCACGCCGCACGUUGAGGCCAGCACGCCAACACCAAACCCCGAACGGCGGGCAAGCUUCAUUGGGGCCGCGGCAGGAGCCGUUGCCAGCACUGUCACCGGCGGUGCAGUUGGUGGUAGUGGUGGUGGCGGCGGUGGUGGAAGUGGCGCCGCGGGGGGCAGUGGCGCAGCGGGCGACGCGACUGCGGCCGGCGGCGCAGCAAAGCACGAUCAGCACCAGGGCAAUCCUCCAAAGAGGAAGAAGGAGAAUUGCUUCAAGAUCAUCACCCCAAAGCGGACCUACGUCGUGUGUGCACCGUCGGAGGAAGAGGAGAUCAAGUGGCUGAGCGCGCUUCAGGCCCUCUUGGCGCACAUGAGAAACGUUAACAACGGCGGCGGCGGCGGCGCUGCUCCUGCAGCAGCUUCAGCCUCUAGUGGUGGCAACGCAGCUCCAUUGACCUCGCCUGGCUCAAACGCAGAUUCUUCCGCCCAGCUCACGUCGCCUUCUGCGGGCGGCAGCGGAUUCUCACAAACACAGGCUCCUACGGCGCCUGGAAGCUCGUCCACCACCGGCGAGUCUCUUCCACACAAGCCUCAAAGGGCCCCAGCGAGCAGCAGCAGCUUUUCAACGCUCACGGGCAGCGUGACCGCGACGGAUCGGUGAUUGUCUUCAUUUCCACUUAAUUUCCUUCCCUCUGCAUCUCCCCUCCUCUCUUCUGUGUCCCUCCUCUAUCGAGACCGGGUCUCAUAGGUAUGCAUGUGAUUAAUUCGUUUCCAAUUGAGCAGAUGACAAUGUGACUGUUACUUCCGCGCCUUUUUU